UCUUAUAGUACGCUCCAUGGUUCUUAUAGAGUAAGCACGUAGAGGACCUUGUUUUCUGAUAAUGAGCGGAAUAUGGAUUAAAUAGUCUUGAACUGGUCGAAAUACGGCACGCGAUAGGUUCUUAUGACCCAUCUGUUCAACAAGAAAUUCAUGCAAGUCUUGAAAUCAUUUGUAGAAGGUUGAAUAAAGGGGGUGAGUAACAAAGUAUUAUGGCAAGCAUCCUUAUUUCAUUUUACUUACGUUUCCAUUCUGGUCAGAGUUUUACCACACCCUUUUACCAGCGAAAUGAUUGCAUUUUGGAGCUCUGGGUUGGAAGGUGUACGAUGAUUAAUGCAAGCCAAUCUACGGCACGAGUCCCAUCUGUUCUGGCUAUCCAAUUAUUAAAACUACUCUGGAACAAUACUAGUAUGUAUCUUCUUGAUUGCUUAAUGGCUUUGCCUAUUUCUAUCGACUUGGGCUUGGGGAUGAAAAAAGGGUGACCGGUUUUACUCUGGAUCCGAUUGACAAUUGAACAAAAAAGCAUCAUUUUUGGAAAUAUCCACCAUGAUGAAAUCGUACACAAGCUUACCAAUACCUCUAGUUAUCAAAUGUAACUAUUCCAAUGCAAAAAAACCUAUGAACCUGAAAACGAAAGAAAUCCCUUGAAGAUGCUUGACUGAUAUAUCUUACAGGAUUGCUUUGCUUGAAAUCGGAUGAAGGUCUUAAAGAUCCGAAACUAUCGUCCAAGGUCAUCCCCCUCAUGUCGAUUCUCUGUUGCUG